GUUAAUCGUUCCUAAGGCGUUCCUACUUACAAACUUGUGUUAAAAAUAAAUUCAUAAAAAUCAAUGCAUAAGCAAAAAAAUAUCUAUCCGACUAAACUAUUCUAUAUUCACUCGCACGAGGUACUUAAAUUCCAGUUUUUAUUGGAAUCCUUAGUCAUAUGUUUAGCUAUAGCUGCAUUGUAUACUGAUAAUUUAAUUUAAUUUUAUUACUUCCACUGAACGCAAAACCUAUUAGGUUAUCUUCUCUUGAAGCUAU